AUUUUGACAUUAGAGCGCCGUGGAUCCACGGUGCAAUAGCACUAAGUGACACUAGAGCGCCGUGGACUCCACGGUGCAAUAGAUUUUUCCAAACCAAAAUAAACAGUAUGACGUGUGAAAUAAGACUUGACUUCGGAUUUUCCAUCGUACGAAAUGUCGCGUCGAAGUGGUUUGAGUACAAAGAAAUUUAAAGAACUAGAAGUAUCAAAUCCACAAGAUCUAAUUGCUAGGGAAACAAUAUCGAAAAGGUGUUAUACUUAAAAAAAAAUUGUAACCCCGCAAAAUAGUGAAUUGUUAGAUAGUUCAAUGUUGAGAGGUGAAUCGAUAGAACCAUUGGUACCCAAUCUUGUCAUAGUGCAGCCUGUUAAAAGCUCUUUAUGUAAUUCUAGGAUUGAGAAAAAUGAAUCGAUUGAAUAUGAAGCAAUGUCAAGUUAUGGUUUUGAGAACAAGAGUGGGAAAAGAAGUCUGGAUGCAGGGGAUUGCAAAGCUAAGAAAUAUGGUGGUGAUAUUUCUAUUUUGGAUUUUUUUGGUGAUCAAAGAAUGGAAAACGAGCCAGAAGAGACUCCUCUGGAAAGCGAAUGAUGCAAAUCGCCAGUGAAUUGGAGGAAAUGAAGUACGAAUCGUCCAUGGAAAUUACGGAAAAUACCCGCACCAUCAUCUCCUGUGCCUUGGGGAAAGUCUAUGACAACAUGUACUACGACUUAAUUAAAGAACGUUUCAGUGCAAAGAUUGAAGAUUUUAUCCACGAACAAUUGCAAACUCCUGGGAUGGAUAGCAAAGUUCGAGUGGUGGUGGCAGUGACGACGCUACUUCUGGGACCUCUAGAUGUCGGUAGUUCUAUUAUUGGCUAAGAAGGUGUCUUGGAAAUGAUCCUCGUCAUGGCAAACAGUGGUGAAUUCCUCAUGCAGCGUGUCUCUUGUGAGGCUUUGAUCGCCGCCGCUUCUAAAAAAGAUAAAGCCUCUGCCAUCUUGGCUCAAGGCGUUACCAUUCUCAAGAAACUCUAUCAAAUCGGGAACGACAACAUCAAGGAACGACUAAAGGAAAAUACCAAGCAAGCCAGGCAUUGGCCAGGAUCGCUAUCACCAUCAACCCGGAAGUGGCAUUCCCAGGACAGAGAAUGUGCGAAUUGAUCCGGCCGCUCUUAGGUCUCCUUGAUCUCGAAUGCAACGCUAUAGAAAACUUUGAAGCUUUAAUGGCCCUCUGCAAUUUAGCUGGAUUCGAUGCCCCGAGAAAAAGGAUCCUCAAGGAGCAAGGCGUUGCUAAAAUCGAGAAUUACAUGUACGAAAACCACGAAAUGUUGAAAAAAGCAUCGGUUCAAACCAUGAGCAAUUUGCUGUUUAGCGAAGAAGUGGUCAAACUCUUUGAGGGUAAAAACGACCGCACCAAGUAUUUAGUCUUACUUUCCACUUCAGAAGACGUUGAGUUGUCCAAAGCUGCUGCAGGAGCCUUGGCUAUUCUGACGUCAGUCAGUAAACGGGCUUCACGGAAAGUUUUCGAGCCGGCAGAGUGGAAAGAAAUCCUUUGCUUUCUACUGAGCAAUACGGACAAAGACGUGCAAUAUCGAGGAGCUGUUAUCGUCAAAAACAUCGCCGGUCAUUCGAAAGAGUUGGCCGAAAAGUUGUUGCAACCUGAGGUUAUUAUGGUCCUGGAAGUUCUCACCAAAUUCGAAACACCUGAAAUGGCCAAAAUUUGCGACUGCGCCAAAUCAACCCUGGAAAUCGCCGAGCAAUGGAAACUGAUCGAGAAGGAGGACGACUCUGAAGAUGAGUCUUGAUAAAUUUUAAUGAAUUGAUGAAAUGAUUAAAACAAAAAUUUAAUUGUGUGCCUAUGCAAAUUCACUCGUUAAAGUUAAAUACACUUUAUACGUCAA